AGCAAAGAAACAAAAGCUUCUUCCAAAGUAGAUGGAGGGGGGGGGUGGAGGCGGAGAAAUCGGGCUGGAAGAAAAGGAACGAACGUUGCGACUGAAAAGUUAUUCGUGCACCUGUUGUCCACUCUUUCCUUUUCUCUCUCUUUCUCCCUCCCCCCCCCCCCCCAAUUAAGUACAGGACGCCGUUUUCUUCCCGUCCCCUAUCGGGCGCUGGUAGAUGAAAGGAUAUCCGAGGUGAAAUAAGAGAGCCCCAGAAACUGAGCAAGGAAGCUCGGCGUUGCGUUUUGCUCGUCACCCAACUGGCACUCCGGGCUCUGUAGAUGAUCCGGCUGAAACUCACCCUUGAAGGAGGCAGGGACGCAAAGCCGCAACUCCCGGCUUGGUUGUCUUACCCCGGAAACCGGUUAGCUCCAUUUCCAGAGCAGCUCGCAGAGUGAAGGGGUCGAAGGUCCCGGGAGGGACAAAAAGUCAACUUGCGUCUCGCGAUUCUGUUCGAAAGAAGUCCAUCGCAGGGGGUGGAUGUUGUCGGUUGAGCCAGGAGAAGAGACUAGUGCAGCAAAGCGGCUGACUAGACGGAAGGGAAAGUGAAACCAGAAGCCCCCUGCGUCGAUGCCGCAUCUCUCCAUCCUUCGGAAGCAGGAAAGUUAGCCCAGUGCGUGUGUCUUUAAGAGCCUGGUAGUUGGCUCCUGGUUUUGCCGAAAGCGCGCAAAUAAGGCAGAGGAAUGUCAGCCCUCGGCCAAGUGUCCGCAGCACGGUCACUAGGCAAAAAGAGCAGGGUAGCUGGCUAGGCACCGAGUUCGCCCAGCUCGCCCACGCCCGCUCUUUCUUUUUGAUGGGGUUUCUUUCUCGAGGGGGCUGCCCUUCACCCGGCGCUGCGAGAGAACUUCUUUAGUCGGUCUCUCAAGCACACACGCCCCCCACGGGCCCGGCCAGGUGCGGGAGCACAAGCCAUGGAGGUUUUUGUCUGCCCCUCUUGCCGCUUUCCUUUGUGGGAGCCGGUGACCGUGUCGUGCGGCCAUUCCUUCUGCAGAAGAUGUCUGGGGGAAGAUUCGCCUUCCAAGUGCUGCGUUUGUGGGGACAAGCUCGUCCUCCUGGGUUCGAGAACUGUGCAGUGCAGCGUCGUGCUCUGUGACUUGCUGGGAAAAUGCUUGGAUAAAGAGACUAGCGUGGCCAGGCUGAAAGUCGACUUGGACGACCUGCUCAGGAGCGGAAAACAUGAGGGGGCAUUGAAAACCCUUCAGAAAGGAGUUGGCUUGGCUCCAGACGAUCUUGAACUGAGAAUGUGCCGUUCAGAAGUGUAUGUCGCUUUGCAGCAAUAUCCAGAGGCCCUGAAGGAUUUGGAAAUGCUGUGCAUUCAACAACCAGAAGGAUGUGAAGGUUUUUUCCAGAAGGGAAAGGUACUCCUGGCAAUAGGACACAAAUCUGAAGCCCUGCAGCAGUUCCAACAUUGCCUCAGACUGAAUUCCAAAUUCUAUGCUGCUAAGUAUGAGAUAGAAAAGAUUCUCACAAAUGAUGACUACCUUCUUCCAGGCACUGUUGCAAAACUAAAGAGUGCUGUCAGUCAGAACUUGAAAGAGUCAAAUUCAGGGAAAGACCCAACUUUACUUGUGCCUUCUGAAGGAGAGUCGCUACAGGAUAUAAAGCAAAGCCAAGAAGUUUGGCAGGAAGAAACUAUGUCUGGCCAGAACCUGGCAUCACUUUCCCUGCCAGAGUGGUUGUGGAAGAAAUCUAACUCUGGUGUUUCUGUAAAAAAGGAGGAAGAUAUUGAGAAGGGAGCAACAGCAGAAACAACAGGAGCCAAAUCCACACAGGACAUUAGGAGCCUCUUGAGUACAUCAGACCUGGAAUGUUCUCUUUGCAUACGUAUGUUCUUUGAGCCUGUGACGACGCCUUGUGGCCAUACCUUUUGCAAAGAGUGUGUGGAGCGUAGCCUAGACCACAGGCCCAACUGCCCACUUUGCAAACAGAGCCUGAGAGAGUACCUGAAGGCUCGGAAAUACAGUACCACAGUAGUUUUGGAGAAGCUCAUGUCAACCGUCUUUCCAUCGCAGUUGGCAGACAGGAGGCAGAUCUACCAGACUGAGAUGGCUGAACUUUCCAAUCUGACCAAGAAUAUCCCUAUCUUUGUGUGCACGCUAGCCUUUCCAGGCAUUGUGUGUUCCCUUCAUGUGUUUGAGCCUCGCUAUCGCCUUAUGAUUCGAAGGUGUCGGGAAACUGGCACGAAGAUGUUUGGCAUGUGUAUGUCUGAGAAUGGGAAGAGUUUUGCUGAUUAUGGCUGCAUGUUGGAGAUUCAGAAAAUAGAUUUUCUUCCUGAUGGACGGUCUUUUGUAAACACCACAGGCAAACGGAGGUUUCAGGUUUUGAGACGAGGGCACAAAGACGGUUACAACACUGCAGAUAUUGAAUACCUGGAAGAUAAAAAGGUGGAAGGAGAAGAACUGACUGAGCUCCAGAAUUUGCAUGACUGCACAUAUGAGCUAUCACAGAGGUUUUAUGAAAAUGGGUACAUGACUUUUAGGCACAGCUUGAUGUACUAUGGCCCCAUUCCUGAGAAAGAGGAGGAUAUACAGGCGUCUCCUGAUGGACCAGCUUGGUGCUGGUGGCUUAUAUUAACCUUGCCCCUUGACGUGACCCGAAAGUUGGCUAUCUUUUCUGACACAUCCCUGAAGAGCCGACUCACUCAGCUGAAGAAUAUUCUGAAUGUCAUUUUGGAAAGCAGCAAAUUCAAUAGUUAGCUCUCCAGCAUCAUACUGGGAAGAAAGCUAUGGCACAAAAGGAGCAAAUUAAUUGUGUGCUGUAUCCUCCACCAUUUUUCUUGGUGGGGCUAGUAAAGUAAAGCCUUACUUUUUGGGUUUUCUUUUUGUUCUCUGUGUGAGCAUACGGUUUUUGCUAUAGACCUGACCCUACCAAUAGGCAAUGAAUCAGUAAACUGAAACAGUAGCAUGUUCCAUUAAUGUUGGUGCACCAUCCACAGAGACUCUUUAAUUGACAUUGUUAGGCACAAAAGGCAGCAAAUCUAGAAGUGGAAUUUAUCAAGGUGACUGACUGGCCUACCUGCCUUGCACUAGAUGAAGAAACAGCAGCUUCCUCAGGCAAAAAGCACAGAGUCCUAGGUCUUGGAUCUUACAAAUGAAGUUUGUGCAUGCUAAAUUGCUAGAAAAGAAAUCUUUAGAAAAGGU